AUGGAAGGUGGAGGAGAAGAUUCUCUGUCUAGAAAUUUAGGAAAUAACCCUCAGUUGCUUCAUCCAGGCCCUCAAUUAAGUGCCAUAGACAGGUUCUUAUGGAAUCACAACACUUUCUCUUACCAACAAAACUUCCCUUUGGAAAAUCAACCAUCUCUCUAUGGGAUUUCUCAUUUUCCUUCUAAUGAAGUAAAUCAGUUUCAGAAUUUUUCUUCAAAUGGCACAACCAGUAAUUACACUACUGGAGAGCCAAGCUUCAUGGAAGGACUUCUCCAUGGAAAACAAACUUUGGCUGAAAAUCUUUCAGUAAAUGUAAAACCAGCACUGGUUAAUCCUGACUGGAAGGAGAAGAGAGGGAAUGGUUCUUCUUCCGGAUAUCAGAUAAAAGGCCAGUGGACAGAUGAAGAAGACAGGAGACUGAUUAGCUUAGUACAUCACUUCGGAUUGAGGAAAUGGGCUGUAAUAGCUGAAAAAAUGGAUGGUAGAGUGGGAAAACAGUGUCGUGAGCGAUGGAAUAAUCAUCUGCGUCCUCAUAUCAAGAAGGACGUUUGGACUGAAGAUGAAGAGAGGCUGUUAAUUGAAGCACAUGAUAGACUUGGAAAUCGAUGGGCGGAGAUAGCUAAGUACAUUCCUGGAAGAACUGAAAACUCAAUAAAGAAUCACUGGAAUGCCACAAAAAGGAGGCAGAUUUCAAGGAGAAAAGUAAAGAAACUAGAAGGAGAUAGAAGACAGUCAACACUAUUACAAGAUUACAUCAUAAAAAAGUAUUUCAGUAAUGGUUCCACCGCCACUAACCCAAAUUCCGGCACCACCACCGCAGCAAAUCCGUCCAAUGCCGCCACACCGCUCUCUGACGAUGACGACUCUACAUUUUUCAGUUUCGAAUCAUGCGACGACGAAAUGGAUUUCAUGAAAAACCUGUUUGAAAACAAUCAGUCCAUCGAUUCAAUUCUCGAUAAUUGUCAACCAAUGAAUCCAGCUGAAUGGACAUCUGAGAAUACAUAUAGCAUCAAUAGUGAUGAAAAUUAUAAUCAUCCCACCAGCUUCUUCACUCCCCCAGGGACUUUACAGACAACUGAUUAUCAACUACCUGCUCUAGAAUAUGUGGAAAAUGGAUUAUUCCAAUCUGCUCCAAAUCCUCUGGGGAAUGAAUUUUUCCCUUCUGCUAAUUCAGAUUUAAUCAUGGAAUUCAAUUCUAACUUUCGAAGUGUGGGGACUGAAGCUUCACAGAUUUAUCCUGAUGAGUUUUACUUUUCAUAUCAAUGGGAUCGAGGCAAUGCUGAAAACAUGAAUUCAAUUAUAAAUCUGCCAACAAUUGAUCAAGGUACAACCUUUGGAAGCACAAUGGAGACGGAUUUGAUGGAUAUGGUUUCAUCUUCUCAGCCGCCUCCUCAACCAAGUCCAUACAAUGGCUUCUUCUGA